UAUGGCCGCUGCAAAAAGUAUUUUAAAAAAUUGCCGCCUGCCGUAAACGGGCAGAUUAUUAUUUCUUGCAGUUGCAGAAACAGUCGUAGAGCGAAGUAUCUAGCGAGCGGUCGAGCUGUUGCUCGUUAUUUGGAGGCUGAAUUCGUUUUUUCACCCAGGACAAAAAAUGCCUAAGGUUGUUGUGAAAUACUUCGAAGCGAAAGCCCUUGGUGAGCCCAUCAGGCUUCUUCUCGCGUACGGAGGACAGGAGUUUGAAGACAAAAGAAUACCCUUUGAUCAGUGGCCCUCCCACAAACCAACGACUCCCUUUGGCGCAAUGCCAAUUCUGGAGAUAGACGGCAAGCAGUACGCACAGAGCUUCGCGAUUGGCCGCUACCUCGGCCGCAAGUACGGGCUCGUCGGCGACGACGCAGAACAGGACUUCGAGAUCGACCAAAAUGUCGACUUCGUGAACGAUAUAAGAGCCAAGGCAGCGGUUGUUCAGUACGAACCGGACGCGGACAUAAAGGCGAAGAAACACGCGGAAAACGUGAAGAAUCUGUAUCCAACGCUUUUGAACAAACUCGACGAAAUUAUCAAGAAGAACAACGGACACAUCGCCGCUGGCAAGUUAACCUGGGCUGACUUCGUCUUCGCGGGCAUGUUCGACUACCUGAAGAUGAUGCUGCAAAUGCCAGACCUGGAGAAGCAGUACCCGAGCUUCCAGCAGGUCGUGGACGCGGUGUACACCAUACCGCAGGUGAAGGCCUUCAGCGACAAGGCGCCCAAGUGUACCGCAUAAUUUUUAUAGACUUUAGGCCAUAGACUAUCCGGGGCAUUUGAAAAUUUUCAAUGUAUGAUAUUUCGUU